AUGACCGCCUUUGCCACCGAUUCGCACACCGCCGCAGAAUUCCGGGCCGCUGUGGAAAGCACCGCCGUUUUUCCCAACCAGGCCGGCCGGCUUAAGUUGGUGGGCGAAGACGCCCGCGACCUGCUCAACCGCCUGUCCACCAACCUGAUCGACCCCGACGCCGCGCCGGGCAGCGUAGUGGCCACCGUGCUUACCAGCGAUCGCGGCCGCAUCGUAGACCUGGUGUACGUGGCGCAUUGCGGCGACCACCAGUUGUUGCUCACCAGCCCGGGCCAGCAGCAGGCCGUCAUCGAGUUUCUGGACAAGUACACCAUCAUGGAAGAACUGGAGGUUGAGGACGUCUCUGAACAGUUAACCAUGCUGACGGUUACCGGCCCUGAAGCCGUGAAGGUAGUCCAACAAGUAACGGGCCUGGACGCGUCGGAACUGACGACGCCGGCGGUGCGCACGGUAAACGUGGAUGGGAACGACAGCGCCGUGUCGCUCAUCGUGCCGCCGGCGGACCCGGCCACCGGGCGGGAACGGAUGGGAUUCCAUCUGGUCGCCCUCGACGCUGCGGGUGCGUCAUCCCUGACGGCGGCGCUCGCGGAUGCCGGUGCAGUGCAAAUCAGCGCAGACACCGCCGAGGUGCUGCGCAUCGCCCGUCAACAGCCCCUCUACGGCGCCGAGAUGAGCGAAACGUAUAACCCGCUGGAGGCUGGUCUCAUCGGGGCCAUCGACUUUCACAAGGGCUGCUACAUCGGCCAGGAGGUCAUUGCCCGCCUGGACACCUACGAGAAGGUACAAAAGUAUCUGGUGGCCCUCCGUUUCGAGACGCAAAACGACGGCGACAACGUGACCGACGCGCUGGACGGCGCGCGGUUGGUUGACGGCGACGGCAAGGCGAUGGGGCUCGUUACAUCGACAACAGUGGUGCCAGCGCCGGGAGGCGAAAGUGUCAUCGGGUUGGGUUACGUGCGAACAGUGGCCGCCGAGAUUGGCAACGCGCUCGACGUAGUUGCCGAGAAUGGCGAAGUACCCAGCGGUAUCAAGGGCCACAUAACAGCCCGGCCGCAGCUCUUCGGCGGCGAAAAACCCAUGCUGGGUGAAUGA